AUGAACGAUAGCACAUGCUUCUUCAACGCAGAGGUGCUCGAUUUCCAGACCAAGAUUACCAAGUGCUCAGGGCUCAGCGACCGGAUGUACCUCCCGCCGGGCAUCCAGGCACGCCCACCACGGCUGUCUAUGGCGGAGGCUCGCACGGAGGCCGAGACCGUCAUGUUCGGUAGCCUCGACGCGCUCUUCGCGGCCACGGGGAUCGACCCACGCCGCGACGUGUGUGUGCUCAUCGUCAACUGCAGCCUCUUCAACCUGACGUCGUCGCUGGCGUGCAUGGCCGUGCACCGCUACAGGAUGCGGGAAAACGUCAAGUCGUUCAACCUCGGCGGCAUGGGCUGCAGAGCGGGGCUCAUCGCCGUCAACCUGACCAAGGGACGUGUCCGCCGUGGCCACCGCUGUGGUAGAUUGGCUUGGACUCAGAGAGGGGAGUAG